AUGUGGACGUGGUCGUGGACGUGGACGUGGACGUGGACUGGACGUGGACCUGGACGUGGUCGUGGACGUGGACGUGGACGUGGACUGGACGUGGACGUGGACGUGGACCUGGACGUGGACGUGGUCGUGGACCUGGACGUGGACGUGGACAUGGACGUGGACGUGGUCGUGGACGUGGUCGUGGACGUGGACGUGGACGUGGACGUGGACUUGGACGUGGACAUGGACGUGGACGUGGUCGUGGACGUGGAUGUGGACGUGGACGUGGACGUGGACGUGGACGUGGACAUGGACGUGGACGUGAACGUGGACGUGGACGUGGUCGUGGACGUGGACGUUGAUGUGGACCUGGACCUGGACGUGGACGUGGACCUGGACCUGGACGUGGACUCGGACGUGGACGUGGACGUGGUCGUGGACGUCGACGUGGACGUGGACGUUGUCUUGGACUUGGACGUGUACGUGGACGUGGACGUGGACUUGGACGUGGAUGUGGACGUUGACGUGGUCGUGGACAUAGACGUGGUCGUAGACGUGGACUUGGUCGUGGACGUGGACGUGGUCGUGGACGUGGACGUGGACGUGGACGUGGACGUGGUCGUGGACGUGGACGUGGACGUGGUCGAGGACGUGGACGUGGACCUGGUCGUGGACGUGGACGUGGACGUGGACAUGGACGUGGACUUGGACGUGGACGUGGACGUGGACGUGGACGUGGACGUUGUCGUGGACGUUGAGGUGGACGUGGACGUGGUCGCGAACGUGGUCGUGGACGUGGACCUGGACCUGGACAUGGACGUGGACGUGGACGUGGUCGUGGACGUGGAUGUCGACGUGGUCGUGGACGUGGACGUGGACGUGGACGUGGUUGUGGACGUGGACGUGGACGUGGACGUGGUCGUGGACUUGGACGUGGACGUGGACGUGGACGUGGUCGUGGACGUGGACGUGGACGUGGACGUGGUCGUGGACGUGGAUGUGGACGUGGACGUGGACGUGGACGUGGACUUGGACGUGGACGUGGACGUGGACGUGGACGUGGUCGUGGACGUGGACGUGGUCGUGGUCGUUGACGUGGACGUGGACCUCGACGUGGACGUGGAAGUGGACGUGGUCGUGGACGUGGACGUGGACGUAGACGUGGAGCUGGACCUGGACGUGGACUUGGACAUGGACAUGGACGUGGAGCACGUGGACGUGGACGUGGAGGACGUGGACGUGGACGUGGACGUGGACCUGGACGUGGACGUGGACUUGGACGUGUGUUCAACCCACCGUGUGUUCAACCCACCGUGUGUUCAACCCACCGUGUGUUAA